ACGAGAAGGCAGCCGGCAGCGAAGUAGGUUGGUAGGUAUACGUGCACGUCUCGCCAACACACCGCAAGCCGGCGAGGCAGCAGCCGCAGAGAGAAAGGGGAAGCGACCCCGACGCGCGCGAUGGGGAGGAGCGGCGGCGAGGCGGCGGGGGCGAGGCGGCAGCGGUUCGGGAGCAUGGACGAGUUCUGGGGCUUCUACCUGAGCCAGCACUCCAAGCCGGGGACGCGGCGGUGGCACUUCCUCGGCACUCUGGCCUCGCUCGCCUGCGCGGCGCUCGCGGCCGCCACGGGCCGCGCCGCGCCGCUCCUCGCGGCGCCCGUGCUCGGGUACGGCAUGGCGUGGUACAGCCACUUCUUCGUGGAGGGCAACCGCCCGGCCACGUUCGGCCACCCCGUGUGGUCCCUGCUCUGCGACUACCGCAUGUUCGGGCUCAUCCUCACCGGCCGGAUCGACGCCGAGCUCGGCCGGCUCCAAAUCCAGCCUCGGCCCAACGCCCCGGCGACCUCUGCGCACCAGGACUGAUCCGCCUUGACGCUUCCUAUCGUCCAUACCUAGAAUGUUCGAGGACUCCUAAAUCGAUCAUACCAACCCUCGAGCAGUUUAAGCCUGCUUCCUUUUUUUUUUGAUGGCGUUUAUGCCUGCUUCCUGGUAAUAUUGAUUGAUACCAGUAAUCACACAAGUUGUAUCUCAUGUAGAGACAGACAAUCAGAUAUACCAUGUUCAUGGUUUCUGUGCUUUA